GGUGUCUCACAGAGAUAGCCAGCCUCAGGGAUGUCAUAAAAGGGCCGUUGAAACACAGGGAGAAGGCCAGGCACAGUGGCUCAUGCCUGUAAUCCCAUCACUUUGGGAGGCCGAGGCGGGCGGAUCACUUGAGGUCAGGAGUUUGAGAGUAGCCUGGCCAACAUGGUGAAACCCCGUCUCUACUAAAAAUACAAAAAAUAGCUAGGCGUGGUGGCGGGUGUCUGGUGUCUGUAAUCCCAGCUACUCGGGAGGCUGAGGCAGGAGAAUCACUUAAACCCGGGAGGCAAAGAUUGCAGUGAGCCAAGAUCAUGCCAUUGUACUCCAGCCUGGGUGACUGAACGAGACGCUAUCUCAAAGAAAAAAAAAAAAAAAAGGAAAAAGAAAAAAGAAAAGAAACACAGGGAGAAAUGAACUUGUACAAGUGGUGCCAUGCGCCUUGUGGGAGGAGUUGGUGGAAUUAAGGUUGCCUCUGGGAAAUGAUCUUUGCAGAUAUAAUUUGUCCCAUUGGAAAUGCAGGCUUCUGUGUGAGUGUCUCAGAAGUGUGGGGCACUCUUGUAAAUGGCAUCUGUGUCAUUUGGGCCUAGAGGCAUCUUUCCCCCAGUGCUGGGAUCCCAGAAUAAGUAUCAGAGCAGCAGGCCUCUGAAGAUACCAGGGUGUCCUGGGUCCCAUGGUGUUCUUCAUGACUGCGAGGUCCCUGCAGAAAGGAAACCAGGGAGGAGGCUGGGAGGGGCCAUGCACCUUCUCAGCACAUACGGUGUGGCCAUUUCAUGUGAGCCAGCUCACUCUGAGAGAGCUCCCUCGUUCUGAAAGAGACCACCAAAAUAACUGCCUUUCACCCUUAGAGGGCCUGCCCACCUCCUUUACCACCUGCUUUUUUCUUUCCUUUUUGAGACCGAGUCUUAUUCUGUCACCCAGACUGGAGUGCAGUGGCAUGAUCUCGGCUCACCGCAACCGCUGCCUCGCGGGUUCAAGUGAUUCUCCUGCCUCAGCCUCCUGAGUAGCUGGGACUACGGGUGUGUGCCACCACACCCGGCUAAUUUUUGUAUUUUUAGUAGAGACAGGGUUUUGUCCUUUUGGCCAGGCUGGUCUCAAACUCCUGGCCACAAGCGAUCCACCUGCCUGGGCCUCCCGAAGUGCUAGGAUUACAGGCGUGAGCCACCGUGCCUGGCCAUUUACCACCUGCUUCUAUAUGAGAAUCAAUUUCAGGCAAUGAAUGAAAGUUUGGCUAAUUUUUCCACUGUUCCUUGGAGCUAGGAUGAAGUUACUUUCUUUGGCUUGGAGAAGGAAGAAUUCCUGUGUCCUGAGCCUCAGAAGGUCUACCUGGCCUGGGGCUGUGGCCCAAACCAUAGAUGGAGUCAGAGAGCUGAACUUUUCUGCUGAGGUUGGCUUCCGUUCCCCAGCUCGCUGGCCGGGUUCCUGCCCUGUUCUUCCCUUCUGUAGUGGGAUUGACAUUCAAGGACAUUUCGUUAAGCUGAGGCUCACACUGAGGAGAAAAAUAAAUGUGUGGGUGGCCCCAGACCUUCCCUUUCCAUAUUUUCCUUUCCAAACUCCAUGAAUUAGUGAGGCCUGACUUCAGCAUCUUGCCAUCCGGGAAGGAACCGGAGAUGGGGGAGACAAGGCUGUUUCCUUCUUCCUCGAUGACACUGUGCAUCUGUGCCCCCACCUCCAUCUCAGUGCUCAGGGGAAGGCUUUGGGGAUCAUUUUAUCAUUUAGCUGCACCCAGAUGCUAUUUUGGGAGCACAUAUUUUAUUCAGAUUGAGUAAAAGCUGGUGGAGAACAGGAUGUCCACUAAGAGAGCCCGGGGGAUUCACUACUUCCAGUCCCUGGUCAUGGGCGGGACCAUCAUUUUACCCUGAAAACAAAGGAAUUUUCUCCUCUCCAAAGAGCCAGUAAUUUGCUGGUCGAUAUUCCUGGCGACUUUUUGCAUUAAGUGCUGCUCUAAAUCAAAUAUUGAUGUUCUCAUAAAGGUUUAGUGCACAUGAGUGCAACUCUUGUCGACUUGGAGCAUUUCACUGGUGUCAUGGGGAAAAGUUCAGUAAAACUUGUAAAUUAGCUGGUUUUCCCUUCCCAGAAUGUGCCUUUCUUUUGCAGAGGAGAUGAACCCUGUCUGCGUGUGGCAUUCAGCCUCUGGGAUAUGGGGCUGGCCCCAGCUCAGUACCUGGGGUGGUGUCUGCUCCAGGGGCCUCGGUGCUUGGCUUCCAGAAGAAGCAAGCACUGGUUUUGCUGCCUGUUGUCUGAGUCCAGCCUGCCAGUGGGUUCUCUCUGGCCUGGGUUGCAUUUUUGAAAGAAACUUUUCAUUUCCCAAUAAUAUUAGGUUUACAGAGAAGUCGUGAAGAUAGUACAAAGGAUUCCUGUAUAUCUUCCAUCCAGUUUCGGUUCUCCUAGCGAUCACAUGUAUUACUGUAUGCUUGUCAAAACUAAAAUGGGCUGGGUGCAGUGGCCCAUGCCUCUGUAGUCUCAGCACUUUGGGAGGCUUGAGGCUGAAAGAUUGCUUGAGCCCAGCAGUUCGAGACCGGACUGGGCCACAUAAUGAGACCCCGUCUCUACGAAAAAUAAAAAAAAAAAAAUUAGCCAGGCAUGGUGGUUCAUGCCUGUAAUCCCAGCUACUUAGGAGGCCAAGGUGGGAGGAUUGCUUGAGCCUAAGAGUUUGAGGCUGUAGUGAGGUAUGAUCACACCACUGCACUCCAACCUGGGCAACAGAGUGAGAUUCUGCCUAACGAAAAAAAAAAAAAACCUAAGAAACCAACACCAACGAAUACAUUACUAUUAACCAUUCUCCAGACUUGAUUUGGGUUUCACCAGUUUCUGCAUUAAUGGCCUUUUUUUUUUUUUUGGUUUCAGGAUCCAGUCUAAGACACCACAUUGCAUUGAAUCACCUGCUUUCUUAGUCUCCUCUGGCCUUUAACACUUUCUCAGACUUUCCUUGUUCACAGCCUUGAUAGUUUUGAGGAGUACUGGGCAGGGGGGGCUGUCGGGGGGCUGUUAGGUGCCUGGAUGACAAGUGGACAGUUUAAGCCGGUUCCUCAGAUCCUAAUGGAGCUGCCCCCUGCUGAGCAACAGAGGCUCUUUAACGAAGCCACAGCCAUCAUCAGGCACCUGGAGUGGACGGACGCCGUGCAGCUGACCGCGCUGGUCAUGGGCAGCGAGGCCCUGCAGCAGCAGCUGCUGGCCAUGCUGGUGAACUACGUCACCAAGGAGCUGCGGGCCGAGAUCCAGUAUGAUGACUAGGCCGCACCUCUGGGGAGGUGGGGGGGCCCCUUUAGAUGACUCUGUGACUCUGAAGAGGUGGCUUGGGAGUUGGGAGAAGCCCGGCAGAUGCCCCUGGGGAAUCUCCACAUCAUCAGUGUAUUACUAGUAACGUCCUGCUGGAGAGCCCACCGCUGUGCAGUGUCACAUUCCAGAAAUUACCGAUGAAGCAGCAUGUGUUGGUGGCAUGUGCACUGGCCUGCCGUGACAGCCCUCUGACUGGCCCCCCAGUGAAGAGUAAAGGCCUGCCUGCCGCAGGCUUCGGAGGCGUCUGCUGAGUCCUCUCACCCGCAUGGGUCUGGGGAAGUGAUCACGCUCAGCCGACGGUCUGACCACACUUCAUCCUCCCCCCAGGGCCUUCUCAUCUUGGGAGAUGACUCCUCUUCCGAGCACCUGCUGCAGGACUGGAUCCCACCCCCCUGCGGGCCCUGGGGUCUCAGGGCCUUGGAGCAGCCCAUGCUGGAAUCAUGUUUACCUCCUAGUGCAACCCUCCCCUACCCAGGGACUGUCGAAUGGCCCCACGGAGGGGACGGGCGGCCUGCUGAGUGAAGCCACAAAUACUGAGUGGACUUGACCCCGGCCCCCACUAGGCUGCACACCUAGACUCGCCCUGCCAGGGCCUCGCUCUUCCCAUCUGAAAAGUCAUGGUAGUUCUUGAGGUUUACUUCUCAAAUGAAAUAUUUUCAGUAAAAAGUACAGGCAUAUCUCGGAGAUAUUGUGGGUUCAGUUCCAGACCACCUCGGUAAAGCCAACAUCACAAUAAAGCAAGGAAGCGCAUUGUUUUAGUUUCCCAGUGCAUCUAAGUCAUGUUACUGCAUAUUGCAGUCCACUAAAUGUGCAAUAGCAUUAUGUCUAACACAUGUACAAACCUUAAUUUAAAAAUAUUUAUUGUUCAAAAUGCUGACACAGAAACGCAAAGUGAGCACGUGCUGUUGAAAAUGGUGCCAAAUAGACUUGCCUGAUGCCAGGCUGCUACAAACCUUCAAUUUAAAAAAAAACACAGUAUCCACAAAGCAUAGUAGAAUGAGGUAUGCCUGUAUUGCUCUUUCUGAAGUGGUGUGAUAUAAACCAUCUCUAAGAAAUGUUUCUACCCUAAAGAUUUCCCCAGUACAGUCAGCUCUCCGUAACUGUGGUCUCCACAUUUAGAUCCAAACAGCCUUGGAUAGGAAAUAUUUGAAAAAAGAAAUUGCAUUGGUACUGAACAUGUACAGACCUUUUUUUCUUGCCAUUAUUCCCUAAACAAUGUGGUGUAGCAUAUUUACAUAGCAUUUAUAUUGUAUUUGGUAUUAUAAGAAAUCUAGAGAUGAUUUAAAUUAUACAGGAAGGUGUGCGUAGGUUACAUGCAAACGCUAUGCCAUUGCCCAUCAGGGACUUGAGCAUCCUCAGAUGUCGGUGUCUGAGGGUUGAGGUUGCAGUCCUGGAACCCAUCCCCAUGGAUACUGAGGCAUAGCUGUACUGUGUGUUUUCACUUUACUUUCAGAACUACGACUUGAAUGUGAUCGAUUACAAUAAAUGUUUUUCUAAAAAGCCAUUUUCCCACAUAUUAUGUGUAAAAUAUCUCUAACAUUCAAAGUCUUACAAAUGGAACAAGAGGGAAGGUACCGGAUUUGUGGCUUUAAAGAAUGCAAGAGUAGGUCAGGCGAGGUGGCUCAUGCUUGUAAUGCCAGCACUUUUGGAGGCCAAAGUGGGAGGAUCGCUUGAGGCCAAGAGUUUGAAACUAGCCUGCGCAAUAUAGUGGGACCUCCAUCUCUACAAACAAUGUUAUUCCUUGGUCCCCAGGUCCUGGGGCAGGGCAGGGACUUGGGGCUCUCCUCUCAGGCCCUGGAGGCUCAGAGGGAGGCACUUCUGCUGAGGCCCCGCUUAUAGGAAAGCUCAGUAUCCUGGCACCUCCAUGUGUGUAAGGACGUCAGGGUGAAUUAUAACCCAUGGUGAUUAAGGAAGGGCCGAGCCUUUCUCUUGCAGAGCGAUUGCUCUUCUGCUGGCCUCGUCUAGCACAAAUCAGGUGCCCUAGCACAGGCCACACUCCUGGAGUUAAUGAAGCCACUUUAAUCAUUUAUAUGCCACUUAAGUUGAUGGGGGACAGGGCAGGGGUGGGAAGGAGGGGUUGUCUGUCUGUGAAAACUGAGUGUGGCUUUUCUUGUUGAACUGAUCAUUCCUGCUCUUCCUGCAAAUAAGUCCUGCAUACGGUCCCUGGGACUAAAAAUGGAAAAUCACAGCAUGCCCCCUCCCAAUUUUGUAUAGCUUUAGUGGGCCCUAAAGUUGCCCGUUUUUAGUGUAAAGGAAAAAACGUUGAUUUGCAGAUAUCGUGAGAAUGAAACCUCAACAAAGAUGUUUGGUUCAGUGCUUCAAAGUUGGGGGACACUUUUUCCAUGUUGAACAAAUGCCAACUUCUCCGGUUGCUUACAGCAAAUCCUUCUGGAACAAUCGGGGCUGAAAUUGAGUUCCCUUUGUUAGGCAAUUGGGCCCCAUUCAUUCUUACUCGUGCAUCAGGUCCUGGUCUGUGUCAGGCCCAGGGGACACAGGUGGUCCUAGCUCAGAGGCCCAGUGUCCACUGCAGCCCCUCCCACAGCCUGCCCACCCCUACCGCACGGAAAAAUGCCCAGGGAGGAGAUGGUCCAACUCCUGACCAGUUUUGUGUCUGAUGGAGCAGGCCUUGCUGAGUGAAGACGCUGGAACUAGCUGGGUCCUGGGGUGACUUGGAGGCUUUGGGCCUAAAAGGGCAGCCUGAACCUGGAGUCUCAUCUCCCCCAGGAGCCGAAAGCACUUUUCUUGAUUUCCCCCAGGAAAUCAAGCGCUGCUUCUCAGCUCCUGUGGUUUUAGUAUUUAUAUAUCUGUAUCUUCUUUGUAGAAAUUUAUUUAUUUUUGAAUAAGUAAUACCUGCCUGGUAAAAAUUUAAAAGGUACGGGAGGGUGCAAGCUGCAAGGGAAGGCCUUCUCCCAUGCCGACCCCAGAGGCAGACACUGUUACCAAUUUCAUGUGUAUUCCUUUAACUCUGUUUUAAAGUAAGUCUCUGAAAACUGUUCAUUUCCUUUUGUCAGUAUUUCUUGCUGAAAACCUAGAAAAACCCAGAAAAGUAUAAUGAAAUAAAAACUACAAAUUUCACAACCCAGAAAA